AUGUUGCUCGUAAUAUGCGCUUAUCAAAGAGUGACUGGUACACCGACAAAUGAGACUUUAAUUCCAACUGAAGAUGAAAUUCAUGAGUCUGGAAAUCAGAUCGAUUAUUUAACUCGGUUAGCGACGAUGAUGGGACCAUUCGAAAAGUCAUUUAUGGACUGUAUUAGAGGAACGAAUGUCACGAAUGAGGCUUUGUUGAAUUACAGAAGGCUGAACACAUUUUUCCAUAAAGAAGCAACUGAUGUUUUGAAAGAACGAUUUCAAAUUGUUCGCUUUCGUAACGGUGAAUUUGAAUCGAUCAAUCAACGAAACGUUUACUUUAAAUAUAUACAUUCGCUAGUCACUUCAGAUGUCACAGAAUUUAGAGGCAAAGAUUUUCUCAAAGGAAUCUAUCUACACAACACGACAAAAUUAAAAACUCAGUGGACACCGCAAAUGGCCAUUGUUGUUGGAGUAAAUAAUUUAAGAUUAACGGAUAGAGAUUCAUCUCAUUGUAGGAUCUUUAAUAUAAUGGACCAUUUUACCUUACGUGAAUAUAUUGAAUUUGGAAACAAUGGUAUGAAUUUUUGUUUGUAUGAAAAUUAUUUCUCACACCUAUUAUAAGU